GACAUGCAAAACACACAAAUAAACACUAUCUGCAUCAGAGGAUCCACGUUUUGUGUUGUGCGUAUCCGGAACCUUCGAAGGAGGAAGACUUUAACGGGAGGACACCAGUGUAAAGAUGGCAGACGUACCAGAUAACGCACCAGCCCACUGCCCGGGUACAAAAAGUGAGCAAGCAGGAAAGUCAUCAUCAUGUCAGGGAUGUCCCAACCAGAAACUAUGUGCUUCUGGCGCCACCAAGGCCCCAGACCCUGCUAUAGCAGAGAUAGGAGCGAAGCUGUCAACAGUCAAACACAAGAUCCUCGUGCUGUCUGGAAAAGGAGGAGUAGGGAAGAGUACUUUCAGCGCUCACCUGGCUCAUGCUCUGGCAAGUGACAGCACGAAGGAGGUUGCCCUGCUAGACGUGGAUAUCUGCGGUCCAUCCAUUCCACGAAUCAUGGGCUUGGAGGGGGAACAGGUUCACCAAAGUGGCUCAGGCUGGUCUCCUGUGUAUGUGGAUGACAACCUGGCCGUCAUGUCUAUCGGCUUCCUGCUCAGUAGCCCAGAUGAUGCUGUGAUCUGGAGAGGACCCAAGAAGAAUGGGAUGAUUAAGCAGUUUUUGAGGGAUGUUGACUGGGGGGACCUGGAUUACCUUGUCGUGGACACGCCCCCUGGGACAUCUGAUGAACACCUGUCAAUUGUCCAGUAUCUAAGCUCAACCCACGUUGACGGAGCUGUCAUCAUCACCACACCACAGGAGGUGUCUUUACAGGAUGUGCGAAAGGAAAUCCGGUUUUGUCAGAAGGUCAAGCUGCCAAUCAUCGGAGUGGUGGAGAACAUGAGUGGCUUCGUUUGUCCUUCAUGCAAGAACACUUCUCAGAUCUUCCCUCCCAGCAGUGGGGGUGCUGAGCGAAUGUGUGCAGAUCUAAAUCUACCCCUGUUAGGAAAGGUGCCCCUCGACCCCAGGAUAGCACGAAGCUGUGACGAGGGCAAGUCCUUCCUUAAUGAAGUGCCUGACUCUCCUGCUGCUGAAGUCUACCGGAAUAUUGUGCAGAGUAUUCAGGACUACUGUUCCAACCGUGUAACAGAGGAGCAGAGCAGCACCUGAACCCACUCUGACAGCCAUACUGGACCAGAACACUGAGACAGAUUACAUGAUGAGAGCGCUGUAGAAAUGAUUAACUACUGUAUAAGAACCUACACACAGUAAAAAGUAUACGCGACUUCAGCCUACAGAACAGGACGGGGUUCAGUGUCUUAUGUUUGAUCCCAUCCACCAUGAUUUUAUUGCUUUGACUGUUGAAUUUGGGAGUGGGUUGAAUAUCAGUUUCAGUAGCUUGCUGGGAUACUGGUAAUCACAAGGUUAGCCAAAAAGAUCUGAUUUCCUCCCCCAGUGAAAUGAAAAAUUUCUUUAAUCUUUUGUGUUCCUUAAUACCAUGAGUCAAGUCUCUUUAAAACAAAGAAGUGUGACUUCAUUUGUUAGAAAACUUCACUACCAAGCUAUGACUCUGUUUAUUGUAGUAACAGUAGCCUGUUAAUAGCAAGUCCUCCAGCUAGCUGAUGGGCGAAGUAAGCCGGUUAAAAAUGUAGAACAUUCAGCUUAGCCUAAGUCUAAGCUUAAGCUAAGCUGAAUUCAUCACUCAUAUGUUUCUGGAGAACUCUUGGCAGCUCCUGCCUUUGCUUAACUCAAGGCGAAUCAAAAAGCCAAAGCGUGGAGUGGAGCUGAGGUGAGCCGUUUGGUGAAACUUGCCUACCUAGCUCGAACUUACCAAGCCGCUUUAGUCUAACAAGCAAAGCUAUUGCUGUGUUCACACAUAGCCUAUAUAAUAAGUGAGCUUCACACAUGAAGAGAAGCAAAUUCAGUCUGGGAAGUCACAGUUUGGGUUACACGGUCAAAAUUUAACCCCACCAUGAAUAAUGCAACAUUCAUCAAAGCCUGCAAGCAUUAUUAGCUCAGUGUUUUCAAUGAAGUUUGAACAUUAGUGUUUACAUUUCAAAAAACAUAACUUCACUCUGGGGAUAUUCUGUAUAUGACAUUUUUGUACCUGAGCUGAGGUAAAUAUGCUUAGAAGAAAAGCACAGAUAAUCACCACAGUUAUCCUUAAAAUAAGGGCUCAGUGUGGUAUUUCCCCACAUGCCAUGAGGACAUAUAGUUUAUUUUAUCUUUGGCUAUGAAUGAGAUUAUUGUGCUUUAAAGCUAUUAAAUAUAUACUGGCAGUUCCUUUAGUCAAUAAAAAGAAGUAAUGCCUUUCACCUCUUUGCUGUAGGCGAAAGGGUGUUUGGGGAAGUUAAGUCUCUGAUCAUGCAGUAAAUCAAACCAUAGCAUGAGACACUUAACCGUUUCCUACCCUGAGUUCUGUUCAUAGGGCCACAGGCCCACACUGCCCGCUAAGCUAAGUUAAAAAGUCAAGUGAUGGUACCAUUAAUGAGAUUAAACGCAGCUGACCAAGUCCUCUAAAUACAAACACAUCAUUAGCAUGGAGAUUCAACUUCUCGUUUGAUUCUGUUCGAGCAUUUGGUGGGUGGGUUUUAAAUUUCUUCACUGAACAGCCUGAAAGUUGAGCUUUAAUACGACUUAAUGACUUUGUUUUCAAUUAUUUGAUUAGUCGUUGUUAUAAACAGCCUUUUUGAACAUAUGUUGUUUUGUGUAAUGUACUCAGUUUAAUUGAUUUAUAAAAUAAAUUAUCAAACAUAAA